AUGGCCGGAAUAGCAUAUGGACUGGAGAUGAUUCUGGUCACGGAGUUUAUGGGGACUGACCUCUGCGAUGAACACAUGGAUUCAUCUGAUCGAGGCAAGAUCCGGGCGGCACUGUCAGCAAUCCACAGGCUGGGUGUCCUGCAUGGUGAUAUUCGGCCGCACAACAUUGUGGUACGGCGCGAUGGUGAAGACUCGCAGUUCUUUUUCAUCGACUUUGGACGCUCGGAAUUCACAAGAGUGAAAGGAUUUCUGAAGCACGAGGCGGAAGAGUUGGAGUCGCUGCUUGAUACAAUGCCUUGGCCAGAAGCGUUGCGUCCCGAGAUAGGAGAAAAACCAUCGCUUUGA